AUGAGGAAAUUUCAAUUAUUUAUUUUGUCUGUUUGUGUAUUUAUUUUAUUUUCUUUUGGUAAUUUUUUUGUUUUAAUUAAUGUUCUUUCUAAAUUUUUAGUUCCUUCAUUAAUUCAUGCAGAAAGUGAUGCUGUUGAAGAUGAAGAAAUUGACAAUAUUAAAAAUAAAGAGGAGGAAAUUAAAGAAAAAGAAAAUUCAAUUUUGAAAGAUGACACAGAAAAUGGCAAUCAAGAGUCAAUGGGCCCCUCCCCAGAUGUCCAAACUUCUUGUAUUUUGACAAAUCUUAAAGGGGGUCCAAAUUCGAGAGAAUUAAUUGCUGGCCAAAUUGUGAAAGUUUUAAUUGGAAUUGCAAACAAAGGAGAGCGGGAUUUAAUUGUUAAAAGUUGUGAAACUUCUUUUCGUUAUCCUCUUGAUUUUUCUUAUUAUACUCAAAAUUUUUCAACAGUUCGUUAUGAACGUUUAGUACAACCAAAACAAGAAGCUACUUUUGAUUAUGCAUUUAUUCCUUCAGACGUUUUUAUUGGCCGUCCAUUGGGUUUAGUUGUUGAUUUACAUUAUGUUGACACGGAUGGACAAUAUUUUGUUAGUGCUGUUUUUAAUGAAACUGUUACAAUUACUGAAGAUGAGACUGGAUUUAAUACAGAAACUUAUUUUAUUUAUUUGAUACUUGCUGGAUUUGUGGUUAUUUUGGUAUUAAUUGCACAUCAUUAUAUUACAAAGUUUACUCGAAGCAAUUCAGGAAAAUCAACCUCAAAUAAGCCAAGUAACAAUAAUAUUUCAAAUGUCCCUCCAAAUUAUGAAAUGGGAACAAAUAAAAAUGAUGUGGAUUUUGAAUGGAUUCCACGAAAUAAUUUGGAUUUGAAAUCGGCACAAAAGACUACACCCUCUCGUAAUCGAAAACAGCCUCGCCAAGCGGCAGCCAGUUAA